GCGUGGCAGUGUGCGCGGGUUAGCGGUUCUAUAUAAGCUGGUGCGGCGGCAUGCUGGUCACUGUUGUGCUUCAGAAACGAGACAAGACAUGUCUGGAGUGCGCUGUAGUAGGUGCCUGGCCGUGGUAGCGGCGUGCGUGUUGGCGGCGGCGCUGGUGUCUGCGCAGAUCACGUUCAGCCGCGACUGGACGGGCGGCAAGCGCGCCGCGCCCCAACUCGCCCUGGAUUGUGGCCAGUUCACCAGGCUGUGUCGCCACUUCGUACACGAGCUGAAGCAAGCCCUGACGUCGGAGAUGGCCACCAAGCGGCAGGAGUUGGACAAGCCGCCGCUGUACGACGAAGAGUAGCGCCCGCCUUCAAACUGUUUAGGCACCGACUCCCGAACUCACGGCCAGAUUAUUAACACACGAAUAGGAUGUACUUACUGUUGACUCGAGGAUUUUGUUCACUUCAAUGAGUAGAUAUUAUGAGUUGAUGAUAUUUACUUUAUGUUUUGCGGUAAACAAGAUAUAUUUACAGGAAAAUUAGCUUCUGUUAGCAGUUUUGGCCGCGUCCCCGAGAUAAAAAGUAGCCCAUCUGUUAUUCUAGACUAUAAUCUACAGCUGUUCCAAAUAUCAUCCCGAUCCUUUCAGCCGUUUUGACGUGACGA